UUUUUCAGUUUCCAUUUUUGCGGCUUGUUUGCUAUGGUCACGGCGUCAACGUCCUUGGAGGGAAUUUGAACUUCUUUCCCCGUUCAUAGCAGGCUGAACUCGUGUAAAACGUUCUUGAAUAAGGUGUGUUGACAGUUGACACAUCAACCAUGUACAGUGGAGCGCCGGGCUUUAGUUUUACCCCUUCCAGUAAAGAACCAGCGUCGAUGAGAUUACAUCGCAAGGAUGUGAAGGAGGUUCGAGCUCAGAACCUUCAGUUGGAGGUAGAUAACCAACAGAUGGAGGCAAGACUACACCAGCUGAAGGCAGCCAUGCGCAUGGAGAAAGAGGAGAGAGAGCGUCAGGGAGGCACUAUCUGGCAGUCUGGGAAGAAAGGAUCUCUGACCACCCAUGCUCAAGACGUGCUUAAGAAGAGAAGUGACAAGAAACCACGGAAGAUAAAAGUGCUAAAGGAUGAACCAAUAGAGCCGGUGCAGAAGACCUCUGUACGGUCUUCCUUCUCUGCGUCCCUCCUGGCAAACACAACAUCCACUGCCAGGGUCAAGGGCACACCGUGUGGACAGUGUGAGGCCAAGAAGGCAGUUUUGUUAUGUGAGGACUGUGGGGAGGUCUACUGCACAGCCUGCUUUGCUCAGUUCCACAUGAAGGGGGCGCUGCGCAGUCACAAUGCCAUCCCCUAUAAGGAGGGAAGCAGUCCAUCGUCAGGGUCUCAGAGUGCCAGAAAGAUGACACCGUCUUUAAGCAAGCUGGGGAAACAGAAGAAGGUGGAGAGUAAAGAAAUGGAAGACCAAGGGAGAAGAACAAGUCCAGUAGGAGCCUCCUCCUCUUCCGGAGGUUCCUUGGAGGAUUCUGCGCUGCUCCAGGGGGAGUAUGACGAGGCGGCGAGCGCGGCGUCGUUCCAGCAGGCCCUGUCGGAGUGGAGAGCCGGCAAGUCAGCGGGGAAAACCAAACAAGAGGGAGGCAGUCAGCAGGGAGGGGACAGGAGGACAAGUGUGGAAGUGUCAGACUCUGGCUGUGGGACAGCAGAUGACAGAAGAAGGACGACCACGCCUGUGGAGAUCCACUUCCAACAACACUCCAUCAGCUACAUGGACAAACUGUUACUCAGGAAACACAGGAGAGAGGACGUCCCUGCCCUCCCCACAUCAGACCAAGCCAAUGGGAAUAUGAGGAAGGCCUGGGAGGACGAUGACCAACAAAUCUUCUUUUUGUCAGAUGAAGAGGAGGAACACCAGCGUAUCAGGCAGAUGUUCCACCACCAGGGCAGCAGCAAACAGUCUCCACCUGACUACAGCAGGCAGGACACAGACGUGCACAUCACUGAGUUAUCAGGGGUGAUGUCAACCCCAGGAGUUGAAGAAACAAGUUCCUACAUGGUGGAUGAGGGAGAUGACUUGUCCCAACAAACAUACAGGCCUGUGUCUUCCUCAAGUAUUCAAAUUGAAGAAGCAUUUGUGCCAAAAUCGGAGCAACACAACCCAGAACCAGAGACUCCAGACAAAGAUGCCUCGUCAAAAAGGGGGACUCAGAGCAGGCCCAAAUCACAGUCCUCGCGGGAGAGACUGGAACAGAAACUUCAGCAGCAGAAAAGUGGGGGGUCAGCGCACGCCCCGACCAGACCAGAAGGCAAGCCGUCGACGGAACGUCAGCGUAGUGGCCGUCAGCGCAGACCCAUCUCUCGGACAAAGCUGGGGCAGACCAAAGGGAAAGCCCAGUCCGAGUCCAUGAUCUUAGAGUCAUACACACCCAGGGUGAGGAUGCACGCCAUCAGAAGGGCAGAGAGUCUUCCAACCCGGCAGGAACCAAUACUUCCAGGAGGGGGGAUCACUACGCAGCCCUCACAGGCUCUGAGGGCCACAAGUCGCCUGGCUACAAACCCACUCCACCGCUACGAAGAAGGGCUGACGGACUUCUUCCUGGUAGGAGUGAAGAAAGCAGAGAAUUCGGCAACUCCCGAGAUUCUUGAACCCCCAGAACAUCACAAGAAAAUUCUUGAUGCUACUUUUAAAGGUAGCAGUGAUGAUGUUGACUCCACAGUAGGUUUUUCCUUCUGGAGACCUGAGAGCAGUGUUGCCGACCACACCGUCAUACACUUCAUGGACUUCGGCAUCCAGGAUUUCCUGAAGGGGGGUGACGGGUUCUCCCCCCCGAAGGACGAAGCCGAGGAGCUGGUGUCCCCCCCAGAGCCGGGGGUGAUCACUCUGAAUGCCCCCCCUCCCAGGAGGUGGUCUAGCGAUGAGAUGGAGGGGGUGAUGGAGCAAUGUCCGGAGGACGACAGACCACCGUCGGGGGACCUCAGAAGGUCGCCGUCCCCGCAGCCAAAGAGGAAACAGACCAGCAGCAGGGGGAACAAGGAGGGCAAGAGGAGUCCCCGCACCACCCUCUCCCCGUCCAACCACGUGGACUACGAUGACGGGGAAGACGGAAGCGAGAUCAGCCUGUACCAGCGCGACGUCAGGAGAAAGAGCUGUGACCUGGUCAAGGUGGACAAGAGCAUCCCGGAGAGGUCGGAGUCUCACGACCAGGGCUACGAGCGCAACGUAGAGUCCAGGCUGGGCGACAACCUGGCGGACUUCGACCGGCUGAGUGACGAUCACGAUCAGGACGACAGGGAAACGUUAGACCAGCUGGAGUGGGAACUCGCCUCGCAGACAGGACGCAUCACAGCUGACGGUCAGAUCUCCAGAAUGAGCAUGGUGACUCCGGACGGGGCGGAGCUGGACACAGACACGGAGCUGGGCAUCGUCCAUGACGACGGGCGCGGCACCGGGCUCAGCUCAUCCUACGACGACGUGGACCUCGGCCAUCGCCUUAGUGAAGAGGACCUCAUGGCAGACUUUGAAGAGGUGGAACGACAACUUCAGAGGGAAGAACAUGAAGACCAAGAAGACGUGAAGGCUCUGCACUGACCUACGACCUACCUGCCAUCCACAGCACAUCCUCACUGCACUGCCACAUCCUCAAUUCUCAUACUCUAUAUUUUCUCUAGUCAUUUUACAAAAUUGAUGCCUAAAAGUAUCAGUGGUUUGUUUCCCAGGCUUUUCUUAUGAUGUAGUGUUAGCAAUGCUUCACAGGUUGGAGAGUUGUGUAAUCCAAUUUUCAAGUUCAUACAAAGAUAGAAAAUGGAAUUUUUUUACUUCUCAGAUUUGGUUAGCAACGAUGGGUACCCAUUGAUGAAAUACAGUCACCUGACUACAAGACAAAACCCACAUUAUUUUGUGUGUUGGAAAUAUGUAAGAUCUGGAUUUGGUGUGGUGGAAUGCCAUAGAUUUGCACAGAAACAAAAACUGGAAAAGUUACAGGGUUGCCACUUUAAAUCUUCUCAAAAAAACGUCCCAGCAAUAUUUGUUGCUUACCACAUUCCGCAUCAUGCAAUACAGGCCUUGUACCACUGAAACAUUCGUGUAAAUAGCUUUUUCAUGCUGUGUUAUAAGAGUUUAAGGUAUUGAAUUCUUCACAAAGUCUUCUAUAAUUGUAGUGCCAGACACCUGUUAAAAGGGGAGAAUUGUCCAUUGUGGACAUUUUACUAUUGUUGUCACUCCAAAAGCACCUAAUUUGAGUCAAAUAACGACCUUGUUAGGAAUAAGUUGUGAAAUGAUGUAGUAUUGAUGCUGCUGUUUAUUGAUUUGUUGUAUCUCAAAUUUUCAAAUGCUGUUGUGAAUUCUUAGUA